AUGUUAUUUCGGCGUUUUGAUUUGGUGAAUAAGAGUAUAGUAUUAAGAUUUUAUAAUACUAAUGAAAAGUUUAAAUCUGCGAACAGUAUUAGAAAAGAAUUUCUCGAUUAUUUUCUAAAAGAUCAUGCGUUUAUUCGAUCGAGUUCUAUUUUGAAUUUAAAUGAUCCUUCGACACCUUUUGUAAAUGCGGGAAUGAAUCAAUUUAAGGGCGUAUUAUUGGGACUCUACGAUCCUCCAUUUCCAAGGGUUGCUAAUUCGCAAAAAUGCAUUAGAGUUGGUGGAAAACAUAAUGAUUUGGAAGAAGUUGGAUUGGACACGUAUCAUCAUACAUUUUUUGAAAUGCUCGGAAAUUGGUCCUUUGGUGAUUAUUCGAAAGUAAAAUUGAGAUUUUUUACACUUAUUUUUAAAAAAUGCGACUUUCUCGACUUCUCUUCCAAAUAUUGCAACAAAAUACCACAUUUUUUAGGAUAAUAUAAUCCAAAUU